AUAUAUGCACGCACAACAACUUGUGAAUGAAUGAAUGAAUGAAUGAAUGAAUUGUUCUCAGGGAAUCGGGGGCCGGGGAGGACGCCGGUGGAUUGGGGGCUGCGAAUGCAGAUCGCGGCGGGGGCGGCGCGGGGGCUGGCGCACAUCCACCACGCGAGGCGAUCGCCGAAGCUGGCGCACGGGAACGUGAAGUCGACGAACGUGCUGCUCGACAAGGCGGGCAACGCGCGGCUCGCCGACUACGGCCUCGCGCUGAUGGUGCCCUCGGCGGGCGCCUCCCGCUCCGCGGGGUACCGCCCGCCCGAGGCGCCCCCGGCCGACGGGCGCCGCGCCUGGGCGACGCAGCGGGGCGACGUCUACGCGUUCGGCGUGCUGCUCCUGGAGCUGCUCACGGGGAGGCCUGCAGCUUCGGACAACGCCGGGGGAGGGGCCAUGGAUUUGCCGACAUGGGUGCAGUCGGUGGUCCGCGAGGAGUGGACGGCCGAGGUCUUCGACCUGGAGCUCAUGAGGUAUCCUAUCACUCCGCAAAACAAUUUUCAAAAUCAAUUUUCUAUCAUCUUCUUCAUUAUAUUUCUUUCAUAUGUUAAAUCUCCAUCACAUUUCUCAUCCACACGUCAAUACUGGUCUUAA